AACCAGGCAACAGUCGCCGAAAGUUUCAAUAUCGCAAGCAAUAACACGCAGGCGGUGGGCGGUCUGUGUUUAGAAAGUUUAAUAAGAUAGGUAAAUGACUCGGCAUACAGCAAAGAGAUGCAAAAGGGCUUUGGUUUAGCCGAUAAAAUUGAAAACAUUGCGACCGCCUUACCUGCUGAAUUUUUCCAAGAACGUAUUCUAGGCAUGCGGAGAAUUUGUUUUUAAGUGCUUGUUUUUGAAGGGGACAGAGUUCAGCGUUCGUGAGGGACAGCUGUGGUCGCGAUUUGCGCUCUUUCGCGGCCCAUAAUUUACUCAAGAUUGUUGACCCCCGGUAUUUUAUUGGUGGAGAGUCGGUCCUGCUUAUUGUUCCAGAGAUUAAUAGCCGCUGACAGCUUCAAUUGGUCCAACUGUGUCACGUUAAUACUACAGACUGGAAAGUAGUCGCCUUAAAACGCAUCCGUCGAACAGACAACGCAUCGGAGUGCCGAUCGCAUGCGGUACUCUCACUCCUACUAAUGAUGGCUUCUGUAUUUCCUGAACGCCGUGCGAGUUUACAAAAGUUUGUCAACACCCGGGUACACAGGCGGAAAACCGAGCUUUAUAAAACCAUAACAAACAUUUGUUCAGUGGUUCAGGAGUUAUUGAAGCAUGUGGAAGGCCUAGAGCCACGCUUCAUCUCGUCUCUGAAACUCGUGGAUGGAAGAUAUCAAGGGGUUAGAGCAUUAUCUCCCCGCAACUUCGAAGUGCAUUUAUACCUGAAUCAAAUGGGAGUUUUUAAUUUUAUCGAUGAAAGCUGCCCGCCCGGCUGUGCAAUGUUGAAACUCAGUGAUGAACGGAAGCGCUCCAUGUCUCUUUGGACAGAGUUUAUAACGGCUUCUGGCUACCUGUCCGCUAGAAAAGUGCGCUCGCGGUUCAUAUCUUUAGUCGCGGAGGCAAUACGGCGCGGAGAACUUCAGAAUCAAAUUCGCGUCAACGUAGACAAUCAUUUCUCGGCGAAACUCACAGUUUUGGAGCGUUACACUGUAGAGCUGAUCCCAGCGUUUCGUUGCGGCUCUAUCUGGCCGCAGAACGGAUGUUGUUGGCCAAAUCCUGAUACUAUAUGGCCUCCACAGCCGGUAAUAGCCGGCAUUAAGCUACGAGGGUUUUCGUUGCUGGCACGAGAUCCGUAUCCGAGUGUCAAAGGCGCAGGGUCUGAAGGUGAUGCCUGGCUACUGUGCUUCUAUGACGCCGAGGACAUGCUCUUCGCAAACGGCGGGCGAAGGUUGUGUCUUAGCAUGUUGAAAACUUUGUACGACAAGCACCUUGAUUUACCCGGAAAGCCGUUGGAAUAUGUACAUCUAGUGAUGCUGUUACUCUUUGAAUGCGAAAAGCAUCCCAGAGAAACAGAAUGGACCGACGAAUCGCUUAUUGAUCGCAUCAAUGGUAUUCUUCUGCAGCUCGUGUCCUGCCUGCAGUGUCGAAGGUGCCCCCAUUUCUUCCUGAAGGGAGUGGACUUGUUUGGCUGUAAGCCAAAGCAGGCUUUAGACAUGGCGGCAAAACAGGCUUGGAAUAUCGCGCGGGAUAUCGCCACUAACCCUGGAAGUUUCGAUAUCCUGUAGAGGAACCUAAGGCUCCCGGCAUACAAAAUAUUGUAGUUUAUUAAAACUCUGACGUCAAUUGUUUGCCGUAGGGACAUGGGCUGUUUUGAUUUAAGUUUAGUGUCUUUUUGAUGUAGGAAAUGCUUUUUUGAUUGAAAAAAAAUGAGCAUUUAAUUUUUUUUUUUGCCCAAAGGUUCUGAAAGCCAGGUGUUGAAAUUCGUAUUUGUUGAGGUUCAAAAUGUUCAUUUUGUUAAUUAUUUUCCUUUGUUUGAGGGUCUGGUUAUGUGUGAUAAGAAGUUUGAAACAAAGGGAAAAAAGGCAAAAUCUAAAUCAUGGAUAAAAUUGAACCACGACGAGAAGAAUAAUUGGUAUUGAAAAACAUAUUCUCGAAAUUUUGAAUAGGUAACUUUUCAUGCACCUUAGCUGAAGGCUA